CAAGCAGGAAGCAACGGUAUUUAACGCGGACACUAUUACAUUCACUUUAAAACCUCUUUUAGUUGAAAUACAAACCGCUCGUCAUCAGAAUGGAGAUAAGCACGAACACGGAUAAAGAUAACUGUACAUUUAUACAAGCAGGUACGAUCAAAACGAACGGUUCUGGACACACGCAUAACCACGGAGAGAAUGGACAUACCCACGAACACGGGCACACACAUGAAGUUCUUGAUAAUCCGGGCAAAUACACAACACGCGACAGACCUGUCUUUAGAUCUGACUGGAAGCAGAGGGCUUACACGGUUGGUAUCGGUGGUCCUGUAGGGUCCGGAAAAACAGCCCUGGUUCUGGCCCUUUGUAAACAUCUCCGAGAUAUGCACAGUGUCUGUGUGGUUACCAAUGAUAUAUUUACAAGAGAAGAUUGGGAAUUUUUGGUGAGAAACAAAGCUUUGCCAGAAGAGCGCAUGCGUGCAGUGGAAACUGGCGGUUGCCCUCACGCAGCCAUCCGCGAGGAUUUUUCCCUAAAUCUAGAAGAGGUGAAAGAGUUGACACAAGAGUUCCAUCCAGAUCUGGUGAUCAUAGAGUCCGGGGGAGAUAAUCUUGCAGCUAACUUCAGUCGAGAACUCGCUGAUUACAUAAUAUAUGUCAUCGAUGUUGCCGGUGGCGAUAAAGUACCACGUAAAGGCGGACCUGGUAUAACACAGAGUGAUAUGUUGGUGAUAAACAAAACCGACCUUGCUGAGGCUGUAGGAGCGGACUUAAAGGUGAUGGAUAGAGAUGCAAAACUUAUGCGACAAGAUGGUCCUACGAUAUUUGCACAGGCAAAGCACAUGGUCGGUAUACCGGAAAUAGCAAGCCUCAUUCUGGAAGCGAGACAGGAAGCUACACAAAAUGGCGCGUGAUUACAGAAAACUAUUCAGACAAUUUUAAGCUACAGACAAACACGGACACAGAAAACGUGAUUUUUCAGUAUGCAGUUCUAGCCUCGGAAGUAGGAUAAAAAGCGAUAUGAUUACCAAAGACAAAAUACAUUGAUACGUUUUGUACAAUAUGCACAUGCUUGCCUGCAUAAUAAUAUCGUUGAUAUAGCUGCAAAUAUUUUCCUUUGUUUAUGAUGUGUUAGUGGGUAUAUCUUUUUUAAUAUUUCGAGAAAACCAUAUUAUAUUGAAGAUCUCUAUAUACAUACACAGGACGCAUUUGAACUAGAACAACUUGUAGACACUUUAUAUCAAUGUAUGUUUAUAAUAAAUAUUCUGCUGUAUAGUACUAUACUCUCUUGAAUGAUACAAACACUAUUAUGAUUUUGAAAUAUACAAUUUUUUAAACAAACAAUUCAUUUUUGUGUA